CGGAGAGGGAUGAGGCAUUGUCUGAUGCCUUACGUCGAUUCCCGCCGCGGUGUGUGGGACGAUGGGCACGAAUCAGCGAGAUGGUUGGAUUACCCGAUGUAGCAUGUCAAAACCGUGCACGUACUUUGUCGAGCAGUACGUGGCGGUCCUCCACCAAUGCAGGGGCAGGGCACUUUGUCCAAUCGAUGAACGAAGGGGCUGGAGGGUACGGGCAUCCGACGAGCACUGAACGACCCUUCACGAACGCGAAGCGGUCAUCACAGCCAGCAGUAUUAGCUGCCCCGGUGUUGAGCACGUGGCCGAGCUACCUGUACACGAUCGACAGCGGCACUUAUCAUCCGAGGGGACUUCCACUCGCAGUGUCGGUACAGCCGCCGACGUGCCCGCCGCGCGUGAUGACCGGUCGUCCAACAAGAUUCAACCAGCCCGAGGCACAACAGGCGGGAGGAUUCGUGCAUGCGGCGAUCGCACGGUCGGGACAUCCGACGUACGUAGCCGAGGCGCAGCCACAAUUUCUGCACGCGAAGGGUGAAUGGUCGGGAUCUGUGUAUGUAGCGAAUGUGUCGUCGUCAGAAUUCGCGCGCGGGGUGCGUUUCCGGCCUGAAAACCCACAGCUCACCAUGUGCGAGCGCCCAGAUUUCGACCGAGAUGUCAUCAGAUCAAGGCCAGGGUCUGGACGACACAUGAUGCCACGGUUUGCAGGCAGCACCGGAGGAGGAAGAGGAAGAGGAGGAGGAGGAGGAGGAGGAGGAGGAGGAGGAGGAGGAGGGGUUCGAGGACCGGAGUUGGAAAAGACAGCUGUGACUCCUCGCUGGCGAGGCUCUGCCGUGCCAAGUGCCCAAGGAGGGCGGCAAGUUUGGCGUCCCGUUGGGGAAGUUUGCAGUCCCGUUGAGGAAGCUUCUCCUCCCGCUGGGGAAGCUGGGCAUCCCGUCGAGGAAGGACAGCAAGCAAGAAGAGAAAGCCAACGUAACGGAGAGGAGGAAUCUCACAACCAAUCUAGAAUGCCCUCGAUUACGCCGCCGAUGGCGUCUGCUGGUCCGACUUUUCCUGUCCCAGGAGAAAGAUCUGAUGGUUCUUCGUCCUCCUCGCACCGUCCUUAUGGGAAGGGUUGUCGUCGGAAUCUCCCCGCCUCCGCUCCCGCUCCCGUUUCGGACGCCAGCCUUCCCUCUGUAGCUCGCUCUGCUCAGGUUGUCGUUGGAGGAAGGGUAAAUGGCACUGCGACSGCGAAAUCUAGGCUCGCUAAUAAUCCGUUCAGCGCAAUUGACCCCUCUUUAGUGGGUAGCGACGGAGAUGGCGGGGACGAUCCGUCUCGGGAUCGGGAUCGGKAUCGCAGCCUUCCUUCUGUAGCUCGUUCUGCUCAGGUUGUCGUUGAAAGAAGAGGGGUAAAUGGCACUGCGACGGCGAAAUCUAGGCUCGCUAAUAAUCCGUUCAGCGCAAUUGACCCCUCUUUAGUGGGUAGCGACGGAGAUGGCGGGGACGAUCCGUCUCGGGAUCGGGAUCGGGAUGGGGAUGGGGAUCAUCCCCUUGUUGCGGUCGAGGAAGGCGAUGACGGUUCGUCUUCUCAGUCUGAGCCGGAGACCCGGAGUAAGGAACGGUCCACUACCGCCGGUCGGCCUCCUCAACCAAGGAGAAGUUCUGGCGGUGCCUCUCAGCCUGCUAACCCCAGUCGGAAGAAGAAUAAGAGUAAAAAGAAGGGAAAGAAGAAGAGGGCCAAGAAUCCGUCUGCCCGGGGUGGGGCUGGGCGGAGUAGCAGCAGUGAUACUCGCUCGGAGCCGUUUGAGAGUCUUUCCGGCUUCAACGCUGUUCUCAUUGAGGCUCUGUUUCGCAGAAAUCUUGAGGCAGAAAUCAACCGCAAGAAGGCGCGGCAGCAGCAGCAGCAGUAUCCACCGCCGAGGACGGCUGGGAGAAGCCAUAGCAAUGAUAGCGAUGGCGGCGGCGGUGGAGAUUUGAACGCGCAAUCUUACGGAAAGAAGAAGACGGCCUACUCGGGCGUAUCUCCUGUUGCAGGAAGUAUUUUCGGCAGCUAUGACUGCGGUGCUAAGCAUUGCAAGCAACGGAUGGCGACGGCUUCGCGCAAUGUCAAGGGCCGGGCAUUGGUCCUCGUCAGUCGGGUUCUCUUCUGGGCUGAGGACGACAGCCCAUGGAGGCGCGUUGCCAAGGCACUGCGCGCCGAUGGCUGGUUGGUGGAUUACAGGCCAUUCAAGCCGCUGGAUGCAAUGGACCGAUUACAGCAUCCCAUCUUGGAUGAGAUCGAUGAGGGUGAAGAGGACGGUCGCUUCGACGGGGAUUUGCCGCCGCACUACUCCCUGUGCGUGGUUUUGUCUAUUCAAGCAGAUGACAAGUCGUUCUUCGCGCAUACCACGUGGAAGUCCACUCUGGUGGACUGGGUCAGAUCUGGCGGCGUCCUGGUGUUUGCUGCCGGCGAGGGAAGGGCGUUGACUCGAAUGUUGACCGACUGCUUUCACCGCACUUGGCAAUUCGAAGGGUACUUCUUCGCCCGGCUGACGCACAAAUUGGUCAAGGGCGCACUGCCGUGGCUCCCGCGCGACUGCGAGUUCAUUGAAAAUGCGCCCAAGUCCUACAAUGUGAAGGCAUUCAUGUUGUCCAAGGUUCCUCUUCAGCAGCGCGUGUACUCACCGAAACCGUCUGAGGCCGGGUCAUUAAGAAGAAGGGCGAAAAAAUGGGCAGACUAUGAGUCGGGAUCGCAUGGACCUGGACUGGAAUCUGCCGUGGCGAAGAUCAAAGAGAAGACGAAGCAGAAAGGAGGUGCAGGUGUUGUUGAAGGUUCGCUGGAGGUUGAUUUGUCAAUGUCUCCGGCUGCCGUCUGUCGGUUUGGCAGGGGUGUCGUGUCGUAUUUCGGCGAUGCGGAAUUUGAGAGAGAGACUGUCCAGCUCAUUGUGUCCUUGGCGAGGUCCACGUGUUCGCGUCGUGGUGGUGACGUGGCAGUAGUGCCUGCUGCGGCGGGCCGGGGCAGUGCCAACUCGCGCCGCACGGUUUGCUGUAAUGUAUGCGGCAUGUGCGGCUCUGCGAACUCUCCCCUUCAGCUGUGCGGCGGCUGCAAACGAGUGCGCUACUGCGGGAAAGAGUGUCACAGGACCGAUUGGUCGAUGGGACAUAAGAAUUUUUGUGAGAAGAAGGGUGACGAGGAUGGCAAUCGUCGAGAGGAGGAAAGGGGGGGAAGGCGGGGGGAAAAGACGCAGCAGCAGCAGCAGAACAUCAAGGUAAAGUAUGCUGAUGACUGGAUCGAUGGAGAGCUGUUCAAGGAAAUUGACGAGCGCGCUGAGAACUACGGAUUCACGAAGGACGAGGUUGAGGAUUUGCGGGACCAGGGUGUGAAACCGUGGGACCCAGACGCUUGGCGUGUUCUUGAUGCAAUUAAUGAAGAUAAAAUCGAUAUCGAGGUCGAUUCAGAUGCUUUGGAGGAUGAUUGGGAUGAUGAGUCUGAUAACUCGGACCUGUACGAACUCAGUGAAGGCGACGGCGAUAGCGACGAUGACUACUGGUUCUCAGAGGACUUGGACGAUUACGAUGAGGAGGACGAUUAUGGUGGAUCCGACGUGGACUAUGAAGAGUACAAGGAGGAGAGCAGCGAGGAGGAUAGGGAGGAAUGUAGUGAAGAGGACGAUGAUGAGGAUGAGAAAAAUGAGAAGCGCAGGAAAGGUGUGAAAAAAAACAGGAAAGUUGAGAAACGCCGGAAAGUUAAGAAAAGCAGGAAAGAGGAGAAGGGCAGCGAAGAUGGGGGCGAAGAUGCUGACGCCAAGAAGGCGGAGAACGACGAGAAGUGUAGGGAAGGUGGGAAAAGCAGGAAAGAAGAGGAAGGCAGUGAAGAUGAAGAGGGAAAAAGGAGAGGCGAGAGAAAUGGGAACGAGGAGAAGUGCAGCGAAGAUGGGGGCGAAGAGGUCGACGACAAGAAGGCGGAGAAUGACGAGAAGUGUAGGAAAGGUGAGAAAAGCAGGAAAGAAGAAGAAGGCAGUGAAGAAGAUGAGGGAAAAAGGAGGGGCGAGAGAAGUGGGAAAGACGAGGAAAAUAAGGACGAAGAGGAAAACCGGAAAGAUGGGACGAGUAGGGGUGAUGAGGAAAAAGAGAGAGAAGAGGUGAGGAAGAAGGAUGAGAGAAGUGCUGAAGAUGAGAAAAGCGAGAGGAAUGGGGAAGAUGAGAAGAAAGAGAAAAUCAGGAAAGACGAGAGAAGUGGUGAAGAAGAGGAAGAAGAGAAGAGCACGGAAGAUGAGGGGAAAGGGGGAGAUGAGAAAGAAGAGAAAAUCAGGAAAGAUGAGCGAAUUGGGUUGGAAGAGAGAACCGAGGAAAGCAGGGAAGAUGAGAGAGAAGAAGGGGGAGAUGAGAAAGAGGAGACAAGCAGGGAAGAUGAGAUAGAAAAAGGCAGGGAAAAUGAGAAAGACGAGAAAGGAGAGAGAAGCGGGGACGAGGAGAAAGAAGGGAAAAGCGGGGAAAACGGGAAAGGAGAGGAAAGCAGCGACGAGGAGAAAGGAGGGAAAAGCAGGGAAAACGAGGAAGGAGAGAAAAGCAGGGAAGUUGCUAAAGAAGAAAAAAACAUGGAAGAUGAGAAAGAAGAGAAAACCAUGGGAGAUGAGAAAGAAGAGAAAAACAGGGAUGAGGAGAAAGGAGGGAAAAGCGGGGAAGAUGAGAAGGAAGAGAAAACCAGGGAAGAUGAGAUAGAAGAGGAAACCAGGAAAGAUGAGAAAGAAGAGAACCAUGGAAGAUGAGACAAGUGAGGGAGAAGUGAGAAAAAAGAAAAGUAGGGAAGAUGGGAGGAGUGGGAAGGAUGAGGACAAAGAGAAAAGCAGGAAAGAUGAGACAAGCGGGGGAGAUGAGAAAAGCAGGGAAAGUGAGAAAAGAAGGAAAGAUGCGAGAGGCAGCAGCAAAUAGGAGCAAGGUACCUAUGAGGGUCUUCUGUUCUUCAAGGCCUUCUACGUGUACGGGAGGCAACACGGGUUCAGUAACGAUGAGAUCGAUGAUUUGGUCUGCCAGGGUGUGGGUCCGUGGGAACCAGACGCUCGACGUGUACUGGGUGUUCUGAAGCG